UUUCCAGGAGUCACUACCCAAGAAAAUCACCCUCUACGAUUUCGAGAUGAAGGAUCACAAUGUGUGUCGACUGUCGAGAAUUCUGGAGCGACGCUAAUUGCAGAAUUAUAUGAAAUAACUGAAGACACUGAAAUAUCGUGGUCUAAGGAUGGAGCUCCAAUCGCCCCAGACAGAAGAAGACACCUGAAGGUCACCAACAACACGAUUCAGCUAGCUCUUGAGAGUGUUCGGAAAGAGGAUGCAGGCCUCUAUACAGUCACUGCUAGAUCUCCUAGUGGGAUUGUUUCCAGAGACGUAGAAUUGAGAGUGACCGCAACAGCUGAUUCAGAAGAGCCCCCCGCUUUCAUCAAAAGACUCAACGAUUUAUCUGUGAAGGUCGGCACAAGGACACGGUUUCUGGUGGAGAUUAAAAGUGGUUCUGAACUGACG